GUAGCCUUUAUAGCUGGGCUGCAAUGAGUAAUCAGCCAGUGUGCAGCAGCCUUUUCGAGACGAGACGAUCCACGAAUCUGGUAACACAAUCAUUGAGAUGGCAGCUACAGGGACCGAGGUGGAACGCGCUAUUUUGACCAUAGUAAACUGCUUCUUUACGCACUCAAAAGCCGAAGGCAAGCAAGAUACACUGAGCUUCACUGAAUUUACUAAUCUUGCUACUAAGGAACUUCCACAUAUGAUGAAGGACAUAUCGCUGGAGGAGAAGAUGAAGGAGUUGGAUAUUAACCAGGAUGACCAGUUGAAAUUUAAUGAAUUUUGGAGGCUUGUCGGAGAAAUGGCAAAGAAUGCAAAGAGAGAUCUGAAAGGCAAGAAGAAAUAAAAUGUAAACAUUCGCCAUAUAUUGGGAGCGAAAACUGACCACCAUAUUUCAGCAAAACAGUGAUUGUUCAAUUCUUUAAUUAAAAAAAAUGCUUGCAAAAUCUGCUGUGCUUUUUGUAAUAAAAAAUAAAUAAAU